AUGCGUGGUUUAGAAGAUAGAGAUGAUGAAUACAAGACAAUGUUAAAUGAGAAGCUUCAAGUUACAGAUGGCAGUGGUUUGAUACAGAGUGGUGUUCCUAACUUUUGUGUUGUUCUUCUAGCACUAAAUGAUCUAGGGUAUAAAGCAAGGGGAAUUCGGUUGGAUUUUGGUGAUCUUGCUUAUCUUUCAUGUGAGAAAAGAAAGUUCUUUGAAACAAUUGGAAUGGAAUUUGGAGUUCCGAGGUUUGGAAAGACUGGAAUCACUGCUGGUAAUGACCUCAAUGAAGAAACUUUGGAUGCUUUAAACAAACAGGCAGCUUUUUAUAGAUUUUUAAUUCUUAAGAGUAUUGAAUCAUUUAGUAUUUUGUAA